GAGUGUGCUGCAACCGGCUUGCCGACGUUUAAAUCCCAACCAACGUAAUCCAAAAUUUCAAAAUCAAAUUUCAGUUAUCGGCUGUUGUCUCUCGCGCAAUCUCCCUCUCUCACAUAAAUAUCGUGAUAUACACAUGCGGAUAAAUGUCGUGAGUGAAACCAAUCUUCCAACAUACAACAGCCGUGUAGAUUGGAAGUGAAGCCGAGUAGCACUUCACAAACCCUUUUACUUUACCCAUGAAUUUUCCACUCGCGGUGGCGGCGUUCCUCGCGGUGUCGCUUGCAGUGGCUGCUGGCGUGACGUUGACUCUAGAGAGGGCGAAUCACGACGGGGUCGAGCUGAGUCGACUCAGACAAAUCGACCGCGCCAGGCACGGCAGAAUCCUGCAGCAACGCCCCGCCGCCGCCGGCGUCGUUGAUUUUCCAGUUGAAGGCACCUAUGAUCCGUAUCUUGUAGGGCUGUAUUUUACAAGAGUUAAAUUGGGAAAUCCUCCGAAAGAAUUUUAUGUACAGAUAGAUACAGGAAGUGAUGUGCUCUGGGUCGGUUGCACUCCCUGCAACGGUUGCCCUACUUCCAGUGGACUCCAGAUACAGCUCGAGUUUUUCGAUCCAUCGAGCUCAUCGACUGCAAGUCUCAUUUCGUGCUCAGACCGAAGGUGUGCAGUAGGGGAGCAGUCCGGUGACUCACUUUGUUCAAGUAAGAGUCAAUGUGGAUACACCUUCCAAUAUGGUGAUGGUAGUGGGACCUCGGGAUAUUAUCUAUCAGACUACAUAUAUCUCGAUACUGUAGUUGGGAACUCAGUGACUACUAACACUUCAGCAUCUGUUGUUUUUGGCUGUAGCACAUCACAGACGGGAGAUCUUACCAAGCCAGAUAGAGCAGUUGAUGGUAUAUUUGGUUUUGGACAGCAGGGUUUGUCUGUGAUUUCACAACUUUCUUCACAAGGUAUUACACCCAAUGCGUUUUCUCACUGCCUGAAUGGAGGAAACGGUGGAGGUGGUAUUUUGGUGCUUGGCCAGAUUGUGGAGCCAAAUUUAGUUUACACGCCGCUCGUACCAUCACAGCCACAUUACAACGUAAAUCUACAAAGCAUCUCUGUGAAUGGACAGACACUAGCCAUUGAUGCAUCAGUAUUUUCAACAUCAAACAAUGGAGGAACAAUUAUUGAUUCAGGAACAACAUUGGCAUACCUUGCAGAAGAGGCUUAUGAUCCUUUUGUCAGUGCCAUUAUGCAAACUGUUUCAUCAAAUGUACGCCCUGUUUCUUCCAAGGGGAACCAGUGCUAUCUAGCCACCUCCAGUGUCUCUGAAGUUUUCCCUCAAGUUAGUUUAAACUUUGCUAAUGGUGCUUCAAUGAUUCUGAGGCCUGAGGAUUACCUUCUGCAGCAAAACUCAAUUGGCGGUGCUGCUGUAUGGUGCAUUGGCUUCCAGAAAAUUCAGAGUAAAGGAAUAACAAUUCUAGGAGACCUUGUCUUGAAAGAUAAAAUCGUUGUGUACGAUUUGGCUGGCCAACGAAUCGGAUGGGCAAACUAUGACUGCUCGUCGUCUGUGAACGUCUCCACAAGCAACACGGGCCCGACCGAGUUUGUCAAUGCCGGACAAUUUGACAACAAUAGCUCACCACAUUACAAGCCUUGCAGUCUGUUGUUAAGCAUGGCUAUAGGAUUCUUAUUGCACAGUAUAUUCAUUGGUGUUCUGUUGCCAUCAUUUUUAUGAUGUAUCAAUACAUAUUUUUGAAUACAUAUUUCUUAUGUCAUAUCAGAUUACUAUAUUAUAGGCAUUGGUAGAAGCUAGGUUAUACUACUUGGCAAUUUUCGUGCACUGUUUCAGUUUCUUACUUCAUUAGUACAGAAAAUACUCUUAACAUUGUUGUACAGAACAAAAUCCAUUCAUGAAUACAUCUCUUUUAUACA